AUGGUCCAUGGUUCUACGAGCUUAGAUGUCCGAUGUGAUUACUACAGAAUUGAGGACAGAUACAGUGACGUUUUACCUGUAUCGAACAUCCUAUGGAUCAGAACAAGGAAUCUUGUGAGCUGUAUCAAUGAAUGCCACAUUGCUGCAGACUGUGCGUCAAUCUUCUACGGCAAUGGGUUGUGUUAUGGAUAUGUACGAAAACUACACGACGAGGUUUCAACAACUGUUAGCAUCGGAAUUAAGUACUAUGAAAUAGCAGGGCCAGUUGGUAACUUAGCAGCCGGGAAACCUACCACCCAAUCGUCGAGCCUUGACAACGCCGCCUUUGGUCCUCAGUACGCGGUGGACUCGCGACGCUACCCUAUCCAGAAUGCUCCAGAGUCUCUUCGUUCUUGUUCUCACACAGAAGUUGGCGGAAGAGGGGAUGAUACACCGUUCUGGGAAGUAGAUUUGCUGUCCCGGCAUAAGAUUACAUCAUUGUCGUUUCUUAGUCGUAACGAAUGUUGUGGUGAACGCAACACUGGGUUAAACAUUACUGUGGCAGAGACAUCAGGAGGACCCUAUGUUUUGUGUUCGUAUUACCCCUUGGGAACUGGUUUUGUCGGUGAGAUGAAGACGUUUUACUGUAUUCAGCCAUUGACCGGACGGUUUGUACGAAUGUCACGUGACCUGCCUGUAAUCAACGCAUGCGAGAUCGAAAUAUAUGGUAACAAGUUGAACUAA